UUGGGGGGGGGGGGGGAAUAGGCGGAAGCUAGAGAGUCUCGCCUUCCCUUUUUGAGAGACCACCUCCUCUCUCUGUUCUUUACCAGCUAGAGGCGCUUUCCAAGCACCUGGACCCAGGCAGCUGGGAGGAAGAGGGCCAUUUCUUCUGUACAAUUUACCAACACCUCCCUGAGGAGCAAGAGAGGGAAGGGCAGAGGAGAGGGGUAGGGAGUGGAGGGAGGAAGGGAGGGAAGGAAAGGAGAGGAGGAAAGGGGAGAAAGAGAGAAGGAGAGGGGAGGAGAAGAGGAGAGAUUGCGCUCAAGCAUGGGGAUCCUUCCUGAAAACCGGACCGGCUCGGUGCUGGCGGUGAACAGCUCAGCCCGCCCCAGCCCCAGCCCGAGCCGGGCCAUUGCCCUGGGGCUAACGCUGGGCUCGUUCAUCCUGUUCGCCUUGCUGGGGAACGUGCUGGUGGUCCUGUCCGUGGUCUGCCACCGGCCCCUGCAGACGGUCACCAACUAUUUCACCGUCAACCUCGCGGUGGCCGACCUCCUGCUGAGCUGCAGCGUCUUGCCGCUGUCCGCCUGGCUCGAGGUGCAGGGCCACUGGCCACUCGGCCGGCUGCUGUGUGACAUCUGGGCGGCCCUGGACGUCCUCUGCUCCACCGCCUCCAUCCUCAGCCUCUGUGUCAUCUCUAUCGAGCGCUACAUCGGGGUCAGUUACCCGCUGCGGCACCCGGCCAUCGUGACCGAGAGAAAGGCGCUGCUCACCCUCCUGGGCGUCUGGACCCUGGCUCUGGCCAUCUCGGUGGGUCCCCUCCUGGGCUGGAAGGAGCCCGCGCCCCCCGACCACACGGUCUGCCGAGUGACCGAGGAGCCCGGCUACGUCCUGUUCUCGGCCCUGGGAUCCUUCUACGCGCCCCUGGCCGUCAUCCUGGUCAUGUACUGCCGGGUCUAUAUCGUGGCCAGGCGCGAAACCAGGAGCCUGGAGGAGGGCAGGAAGAGGGAGAGAUCCAAGGGGGCAGGGGACUGGGUAACGCUGCGCAUCCACCGGCCGGAGAAGACGGCUGACCCACUGGACCAGACCCAGAGCCACCCCCAGGGCCGGGGGACCCAGCUGAAGACUCAGUUCUCCGUGCUCCUCCUCAAGUUCAGGAGGCAGAAGAAAGCGGCCAAGACGCUGGGGAUAGUGGUCGGAGGCUUCAUCCUCUGCUGGCUCCCAUUCUUCGUGGUCCUGCCCUUAGGUUCCUUCUUCCCAAAGUACAAAGCCCCAGAGACCAUCUUCAAAAUAACAUUUUGGCUUGGCUAUUUUAACAGCUGCAUAAACCCCAUCAUCUACCCGGCUGCAAACAAAGAAUUUAGGAAGGCAUUCCAAAACAUCUUGAAGGGUCAAUGCUGCCACAGGAAAAAGGCAUCGUUUCACCCUUCCUUGAGCUACAAUCACAGUACAGAGGGGCAAAAAAAUGUGGUACGCAUUCCUGCUGGGUCCAGGGAAACCUUUUUGAAGAUCUCCAAGUCUGGCCGAGACUGUGAAUGGAAGUUGUUUUGCACCCUGCCAGAUCAUGGAACAGAGAACAACAGCAGGCAUCUCAAUGGGAGAGGCAGGACAAUUCUGCACUGCUGCUGUGCCAAUGCCAAUAUACCUAAUGAUGAGACUGAGUACAGUGCACCAGGUUUGAAAACUUGUGCUUAUUCGGUUGGCGAUUACGGUGAUCCUGUGUGAUCCAGUGCCUCCUAUCUUGACAAGAGGCUUCCCAGUGGGGCACACCACCAAUUCCACAGCUUGACAGAAAUUUGCAACUUGACAUUUUAAUUAUGUUCAUCCAUCAUCACUACCAUCCCCAAACGUUUAUUCACCCAUUUGUGCACACAAUGCUAACCAUGUUUGAGGAGCCAAGGUAGGUUCGGAAUGAUGCUUCAGUUAUCGUUGGGAUAGGUCCCCAAUAUAGACAUGGUCCACUCCUGACAAGAUAAUCAAAUACAGAUUCAGUCACUUGAAGAGAAAUUGCACAGACCCUCAGAAAUGACAGAGAGUGUCUCAAUUGUGUACAGAGUCAAUAGAAAUGUGAAAUACCUGUUUUUCUACACUAUUUAAUGGAUGUUGGUUUGAAUUCCCAAUUACCUAUUUUAAAAUGUUGUGAUGGGGAUUAAACACAUUUGGAAUUAAAUCAAGUGCAGCAAGCUAUAAAGACUCAAAGUCCAGGAAAAUUUAUUUCCUUUUCAGUGAUUUACACGUUUAAGGUAAAAAAAAUUGCCACGUGCAUUGAGUCUAAGGUGACGUGAACGUUUUCUAAGACGAUGAACAAAGGUGCUUCAAGGGAUGAUAUUUUACUUCACUGUAAAGAGCCUGAAAUCCAUCACCUUUGAUUUCACGACAACAAGCAAGUCGAAGCGACAGUUAUUUGUUUAUUUCUUGGAAAUAAAUGGCUUUAUAAAAUAGCACUCA